CCUGCCACCUAGCGGCCUCCGGGGGAACUAAGUAAACAAACAUUGACUUGAGGAAUCGCUCGAGAGUUACACGUGUUGAAGAUGAAGGAAGGAGACGAAUCAGACCAAGAGGCCUUUUUAAGGAACAGAUCAUUAGACGAAUAUGUUAAGACGGUAAUGACACAUAUCCGAGGGUGCCAGAAGUUGAGCUUGGAGCUUCAGGGAUGGCACCAUUACAGCGACUAUGUUGGGGUCCGAAACACCAUACAGGAGGUCAACACGAGGAUUACAAACUUGAUUACCAAUAUCUUCCAACACCAAGACAUCAAAUUGAAACUGACUCACACAAAAUUGUUAGACCAGUUCGACAUGGUGAGAGAAGGGAACGACGCCCUGCUCGAAAGAAUCAAUUCAGACAUUGAUGAGGCAUCUGGGCUGAAGAAAGACACUGAUUUUGAACCAUCAGUCAAAGUAGUACAGGCACCGUCGUCGGCCAAUACACCCAGCAAGAAUGUCGUCCUCAUGGCCUCACGGAAUGUCCAGAAACCACAGCUGUUCUUCAAGGAAAAAGUGGACAACUCAAAGAAAGAACCCUUUAUUCCUAUGAUCACCGAGAAACCCAAUUCCCUCAAGCCGCUGUCGAUCCUUAUUUGCUUGGACGGAACUCAGGAAUAUUACAGCCACCCAUACGAGUACGAGCUAAACCACUGGAUGCCCGAUCCAGCACAGCUCGAGAAGGUGAAGCCAAGACGCCCCAGACCCCUUGGGCAGACUUCCCUGACCAUGGUGACGGAGGUGCAGCAGCUGGAGGCUCUAGUCAAGGAGCUGAAAACCUGCUCUGAGAUCGCGGUCGAUUUGGAGCACCACGCCUUCCGGUCAUACCAGGGACUCACCUGUCUUAUCCAGGUGUCAACGAGGACAAAGGACUACCUCAUUGACCCUUUGGCUCUCCGAGGCCAGCUCACCAUCCUCAAUGAGGUGUUCACCAAUCCCAAAAUUACUAAGGUACUUCAUGGUGCAGACUUUGACAUCCUGUGGCUCCAGAGGGACUGCGGUGUUUAUGUUGUCAACAUGUUCGACACGCAUCAGGCAGCCAUAGUCCUGGAAUAUCCACACCGUUCCUUGGCUGCAUUACUCUCCAAGUUCUGCGACAUUCAGGCAAACAAGGUGUACCAACGAGCUGAUUGGAGAAUAAGGCCCCUUCCUGAGGAUUUUAUGGAAUAUGCACGGCAAGAUUCUCACUACCUUCUCUACGUGUAUGAUCUCAUGCGGAAUGAGUUGAUCGAGCGAGGAAACCAGCUGAAUAACUUGAUCACAGCCGUCUACAGCAGAUCAGUAGACAUAUGUUUAAAACGCUAUGAGAAGCCAUUCAUUGGACCAGAAAGUCACAUGGAAUUAUACCGUCGAAGCCGCAGAACCUUUGACACAAAGCAGAUGUAUGCACUGAGGGAACUGUACCUUUGGAGAGACAAUGUUGCUCGAGAACAAGAUGAAAGUCCAGAUUAUGUUUUGCCAAAGCAUAUGUUGCUGCAGAUUGCCGAGGUGCUGCCCAAGGAGAUGCAGGGAGUGCUGGCCUGCUGCAACCCCAUUCCACCCCUUGUCAAGACGGAGCUGCUCACAAUCCAUACCAUCAUCAGAGCGGCCAGGGAACAGAAGCUCCUGCCGGUCCUCGAGCAAUCCGUAGAGCAGCAGAUUCCACAAGUCCAGUUACAGAUGGAGGAGCUGAACACAGGUUUGGUGAUCAGCAAGCAUGACCUCUCGACAGUGGAUGAAAAUCCGACUGACCUGCCGACCCUACUGAAUCCCAGGGAGACCUUGCUCGGUGAUCUUUUUUCACAGCCGAGGGUAGACGUCAGAGUGAAGUUGAAGUCCAGGAUGUUCGGCUGCGUGACGAGCCAUUUAAAACACAAGGACAGCUUGCACAGGGAAAUAACAAAGGAGUUCAUGAGUCCAUAUGAGAGAUACACAGCCUACCAGGAACUAAAGCCUCACUUAGACGGAGAGCGGAAGAAGCGAGAGGAGCCUGUCGACGAGGCACACAUUGCACGGGUCAAAGAGCAUUUCCUCUGCCUAAGCAACAACACGCCACAAGAGAAAUCAGAGGCGGAGGAGGCAAAUGUUGUCAUAAAGCAGAAAAGACCCCGACCGUCGAAAGAAAAGAAAAAGUCAGAAAUGAAUACCCCAAUAGUCUUAGGGGACGAGAUCAAAGAAAUGAAAGCGAUGAACAGCGGACAGAAACGUGCAGUGGAUAACGAAGGGGAAGCAGUGAACGGCGAGAAUGACGAGUCGCCAAGCAAGAAGCUGAAGACAAACAAGGCAGAUGGAGACACGAAAGAAGGAGGGAAGGAAAAGAACGAUUACGGAAAGGUGGAGACGAGGAGGAGAAGGAGGAAGAUGAUGGAAGGGAAAAGGGGGAAGAGGAGGAGGAGGAGGAGGAAGGAGCAUGUAUGGAGUCAGGGGAGGAGGAAGAGGAGAAAUCAGCAGCAGGGAGCGCACCCUUUGACUAUGAUAAGGCUGAUUACAGCAUUUUUGAGGGCAAGCCGGGCAAGAAGUUCAAAUCCAAGCAGAAGUACCAGCAGAAGUUUGGUGGGAAGGGCCAAAGGGGCAGAGGCUUCAAGUCGAACAUGAAGAGCUUUUCUUUUGGAAGAGGGAAUACAAGCAGGGGUGGCUCGCGUCGAUGAUUAUGAAUAAUGUAAUGCCUAUAUUGGUAUAAUCUGUGAGGAAUAAUGUACUAUAUAUUAGGGUAUGUGCGUCUAAAGGUGUUCUCAAACCAGUUGCCCAAAAAUGUGUUUAUUAAAUAUAUUGUUUGUUUUUUACUUUAAUCUCUAAUAUAAACAUCGAUAUAGUCCUCUUCAUGCACUUCAAUCAUAUGGUAUGUGCAUAUGUCAAUUAUUUUGUUAAAGUUAAAAGUUUAAACUAACAUAACAUUAAAUGAAUGAUUUUGGGGGCAUUUGGUUUAAAGACCACUUUGGAUGCAAAUGCCUUCAUAUGUUUUAUUUCUUGUCGGAAGAACCUUCUUUGUAAACAGAAAAAUAUAUGUAUAAAAAUGGACAA